UAUUGUUGCCAUUACGAAGUGAAAGUAGAAGAAGAUCCUAUUUCGCUAUGUCAGAAGAGUCGGGCCCUUCUUCAGCGUGUAACAGUUCAACUGAUCAGAGCACUGAAGCCGCAGAAAUCAAGCUAACAGCAGCUCAGAGGGCAAGAGUGGAACGCAACCGUCAAAGGGCACUACUCCUAAGGCAGGCCAGGCUAGCUAAAAAACCGUACACAGCCACAGAGUCUAAACAGAAGGUGACUCGCACGAUCGACACCGGAGCAGGGUUUUUUUUGGAGGAAGAGGAUGAAGAGGAGGACAAGUCAAGGAAAACAGAGGUCAAACAUCCCCUAGGGCCAGUUAUUGAAUGCGAUGCUUUGGUGUGCGAGGAUUGUGGGAAGGAAUUCCUGGACUCCUGGUUAUUGACGACGUACAACGUCAAUGUGUGCGACGUCUGCAAAGAGGACACAGACAAACAUCUACUGGUGACAAAAACCGAGGCGAAAGACAGAUACCUCCUAAAAGAUUCAGAUCUAGAAAUUCGAGAUCCACCCCUCAAAUUUAUCAUCCGGAAAAAUCCCAGGAACCCUCGCUGGGGCGACAUGAAGCUGUACUAUGAACCUCAGGUUUAUGACCGAGCCAUGGAAGUAUGGGGUUCAGAGGAGGGAUUGGAAAAAGCACACGAUGAGAGGUCAGAUAAAAGGGAGAAGGUGAAACGUAAAAAGUUUGAUAAAAAGGUCAAAGAGCUGCGGCUAGCAGUGAGGAGUAGUUUGGUGAAGGUGAACUCAGGACCCCACGAACACGAGUACGGCCCCGAGACGUACGACGAGGAGUCGGAUAUGUACAGCGUCACAUGUGAAUGUGGCCACGUCAGGACGUACGAGAAAAUGUGAGAGAAACUGACAGUGUGACAGUGUGAAGUAAACUGACAGUGUGACAGUGUGAAGUAAACUGGAAAUGAGAAAUAAAACUGAAGUAGUGUAUGAAAAAUCAAUGGCAGAGUGCACUACAGGUGAGCGGCUGUGUGUGUAUUGUAUUAUUACAGGUGAGCGGCUGUGUGUGUAUUGUAUUAUUACAGGUGAGCGGCUGUGUGUGUGUAUUGUAUUAUUACAGGUGAGCGGCUGUGUGUGUAUUGUGUGUAUUACAGGUGAGCGGCUGUGUGUGUAUUGUAUUAUUACAGGUGAGCGGCUGUGUGUGUAUUGUAUUAUUACAGGUGAGCGGCUGUGUGUGUGUAUUGUAUUAUUACAGGUGAGCGGCUGUGUGUGUAUUGUAUGUAUUACAGGUGAGCGGCUGUGUGUGUAUUGUAUUAUUACAGGUGAGCGGCUGUGUGUGUAUUGUAUUAUUACAGGUGAGCGGCUGUGUGUGUGUAUUGUAUUAUUACAGGUGAGCGGCUGUGUGUGUAUUGUGUGUAUUACAGGUGAGCGGCUGUGUGUGUAUUGUAUUAUUACAGGUGAGCGGCUGUGUGUGUAUUGUAUUAUUACAGGUGAGCGGCUGUGUAUGUAUUGUGUGUAUUACAGGUGAGCGGCUGUGUGUGUGUAUUGUAUUAUUACAGGUGAGCGGCUGUGUGUGUAUUGUGUGUAUUACAGGUGAGCGGCUGUGUGUGUAUUGUAUUAUUACAGGUGAGCGGCUGUGUGUGUAUUGUAUUAUUACAGGUGAGCGGCUGUGUGUGUAUUGUAUUAUUACAGGUGAGCGGCUGUGUGUGUGUAUUGUAUUAUUACAGGUGAGCGGCUGUGUGUGUAUUGUGUGUAUUACAGGUGAGCGGCUGUGUGUGUAUUGUGUGUAUUACAGGUGAGCGGCUGUGUGUGUAUUGUAUUAUUACAGGUGAGCGGCUGUGUGUGUAUUGUAUUAUUACAGGUGAGCGGCUGUGUGUGUAUUGUGUGUAUUACAGGUGAGCGGCUGUGUGUGUAUUGUAUUAUUACAGGUGAGCGGCUGUGUGUGUAUUGUGUGUAUUACAGGUGAGCGGCUGUGUGUGUGUAUUGUAUUAUUACAGGUGAGCGGCUGUGUGUGUAUUGUGUGUAUUACAGGUGAGCGGCUGUGUGUGUAUUGUAUUAUUACAGGUGAGCGGCUGUGUGUGUAUUGUAUUAUUACAGGUGAGCGGCUGUGUGUGUAUUGUAUUAUUACAGGUGAGCAGCUGUGUGUGUAUUGUGUGUAUUACAGGUGAGCGGCUGUGUGUGUAUUGUAUGGCUCGAGCAGGUGCUCGCAACAUUUAUGUUAUGGCGUUCUGAAAUAUUUUGAUGAACAGCAUUGGAGAACGACCUAUAGAUUCUGUUAAGUGCUAAAGUCUCAAGAUUUGAAUGAUUCCUCAUAUGAAAACACAUGUUUGUAUCAGCUGGACCAUUUGGAGAAAAGUUCUGUACCAAGUUGGGAAAAUAAUCACGGCAUAAAACUCGGAUGGAUGUUUAAGAAGGGGCACAGUCUGCUGAAUUUCUGUGCUGGAACUUUCAAAUGUAAAAUUUGAUGAUAUGACACCAUCUGAAUUUGUGUAGAAGAUCGGCAACAAAUGUUGUAAUAUGUUAUACAGUCAAUUUUCUUCUCUAGAAAUGUACAGGUUAAUAAAAGUGGCAGUGUCAUGAUUUCUGUUGAGAACUUGUAGAUCAAUAAAAUGAGAGACAUGAUGUCGUUUUAAUGA